UCGCCCGCACUGGCACACACCGAACCAUCACGACCGCCCACACACGCCUGCUGUGUCGUAUGAACGCCGGCACUCUGACCGCUGACGGCUGAGCGAGUGGGAGGGACGAGGUGUGCAGCUGAUGGAGGAGAGGUGCGCCCUGGCCACGGAGCUGGCGCAGGUGCUCGACACGGUGAGGCAGCUGGAGGCGCACAUGGGCGUGAAGGGCGGCGCUGACGGAGGGGAGACCUGCCGGGCGCUGGUGUCGAGCAUGCGCUCCUCCGUCGACAGGUCCAUCCACAUCGCCAUGUCGUCGUGCUGCGUUGUCCUCGGAGCGCCGGAGUCGCCGCCGUCUGCCGGCGGGAGCCCCCGCAGCGGCGGCUCUGACCAGGCUGCCGACUCCCCUUGCCGCGGCGCUCAUGCAGCUGGGCAGUCCAAGAAGAGGAAAACACAGCCCAAGUGGAGCACACAGGUGAGGGUGAAUUCCGUGGAGGACGUCGGCCCCCUCGACGACGGCUUCAGCUGGAGGAAGUAUGGUCAGAAGGACAUCCUCGGUGCCAAGUACCCAAGGGCCUACUUCCGGUGCACCCACCGCCACACGCAGGGCUGCUACGCCAGCAAGCAGGUGCAACGUGCUCACGGCGACCCGCUGCUCUUCGACGUCGUGUACCAUGGGAACCACACGUGCGUGCAGGGCAAGCACUGCAACAGCCAGACGCCGCAGCCCGCGGCAAGCGGAGAGCACCGGCAGCCGCAGCCUGCCGGCGGACAGGAGCGGGUCUCCGUGGGACAGAAGACCGACGGCGGCGUGGCGGCUCCGUUCUCGUUCCCCUCCAAACAAGCAGGCGCCGACACGGGCAGCGACUUCCAGGCCGGCUGUGCCACCACUGCAUCCCCCUUCAUGUCGCCGGCGACGUCAGAGUGCAAGGCCUCCACGACGGAAUCCCCGAUGGGGGACAUGGACUUCAUGCUCCAGCUGGCCGACGCCGAUUUCUUGGACAACUCGCGCUAUCUCUAAGUCUCCGCAGGACUACUAGGCAACGAAUUAUGAGUUCAGGAUGCUAGCUUCGAGCUUGUAAGAUUUUAAGCUGAUGAAUGCACAUGCCACUUGUUCGAGCUUUA